AUGUCGGAUAUUUUGGCCCUUCUCUUGGGGAGGACCGAGCACGUCGGUGCAGCUGUCAUCUAUUAUCUGGGACCACAGUAUGUUGUUGUCUAUUCCAUUGUCAACGCCGAGGUUGUAGUCGUAGAACUAUCGCUUAUACUGAAGGAGCAAGAGCUUUCAACAAAGAGCAGUCGUUUAGGAAGCAGUAAUUACGGUACUCUUCUCAAAACCAUGGCUUUUGGAGGUGGUUACGGCGCCAAUGCAGCAGUUCAGGAGACCCUUGAGGGAAUUGGUGGCACGAACGUUACCAUACUGAAGACUGAUUAA